CCUCAAUAUUAUGGGUGAAUUUUCGGAGAAUUUAGAACGGAUUGCCCUGGAACUUAUAGCAAACUUGGUGCGUGGCGACGCAACUUUAAGGGUUCCCCGAAAUUCGACUGUGGUCGUCGCAACCAGGCCAUUUCGACGUGUUUCGUAUAAUACUCACAGAAGCCGGCACAGCUUCUGCCUACUAGUUUACAUGCUGGCCAAGACCCAUCGACUGCAGGUGCGGGGCAGCUACACCGUACGUGGGCUCUACUACGGCGAUCUGCAGCUCUUCCGCUCUCAGUCUAGGAUUGCAUCAGCUCGUCUGGAUGUCUGCCGGAUGCUGGGUACUUCCCCGCUGCAGCUGGGUGUACUGGCCGCCUCCAAAGGUUUGAUGGCAGGCAAUGUCCGGCUGCUGAUGGUCAAUGGAGAUGUUCUGGACUGCAGCUCAUACGGUGGAGCCAUGACACUGCCCACGGAUCCUGAGAAAGUGGACAGCAUCGAAACGAACGCGGAGCUCGUGGUCAUUGUGGAGAAGGAGUCGGUUUUCGAGAGUCUUGUAUCCCGGAAUAUCCUGUCAACCUUUGGACGCAGCUUAAUCCUCAUGACAGGCAAGGGAUACCCGGAUUACUGCACCCGCAGGAUUGUGCAUAGACUGGUGGAAGGGAAUCGCUUGCCCGCUUAUAUUCUCGUGGAUGCCGAUCCCUUUGGCAUUGAGAUAAUGCAUAUCUAUCGUCACGGCUCCAAGGCCAUGAGCUUUUCCAGCCAUGGACUUGCCACACCUUCGUUGCGUUGGAUUGGGCUCCACCCCUCUGAGAUUCCCGUGCUCGGCCGCCAAGCGGUUGCCUUGGGCACCGGCGACAACAAAAAAAUCAAUGACCUCCUCGCUCGCAGCGAUUUGGAGCCGGGAGUGCGCCAGGAGCUGCGCAUAAUGCAGGACGUUCAGCUGAAGGCCGAAAUUGAGAGUGUCAUCGACUUCCUGGCCAACGACUACAUACCGAACAAAAUCAAUCGCAAAUUGUAUUUGUAAAACUCGAAGGGGAUUCCCUUUUUCGACAAGGCGAUAACUCAAUAGUUCAUUACUCUUAAGUUGAAAGUGAACAAUCUAUAGAAAUUUGAUAAGAAUAUGUUGUUAAUGCUAAGGAGGACCUCCAACCGCGUAAUCGUCGAAUAAACAAUUAAAGUGUGAAUCCACUGAUUACGCAAAUAAUGAAACAA